ACCAACUCGAGACAGAGGAAAAAAAUAAUCUUACAAACUAAAGACGUUGGAAAAACUCUACAAGUUCUUUUUUAUUGCCCACCAAGAGACUUUCCAUAUUAUUUUGUAAUAUCCCAGGUGCUUAAUAAAGCCUAAUCCCGCUCGUCAAACCACAUACCACACGGAAAGCAAUUUACAAGAAAAGUUUACCUACCUAUUUCUGUUAACUGAAACAUCUAACUUUAACCAUUUGUAUACUACCAGUUAUCACGUAUGAUUGACGCGGAUACCUUCUUGAGGAACUCUCCAUUCCAAGCUACGCAUGGACCAAAUCAAUCAUUGGACAACACAACUCCAGAACUUUUGAAGUUUUCACUCCAAGAACAACAUAGAAACAAACUUCGAGAACUCAAGGAUAAUCACCAUGAUCUUCCCAAUUUAAAUCUACUCCACUCACAAUUUCUUCAAGACUCAUUCAAUAAUCAUCUUCAAAAAUCUUUAGAUGAGGGAACGGUGCUGUUUGAUGAAUCGGGGUUGUCAGAGUUUCUGCCUCCUUCAUCUGUAUCAUCACAUUCGGAGUUGAACAAUGUAGGGAAACCCAAUUACCUUAAUCUCAAGGUUUUAAUUGAGAACUCGGUGUUUGAUACAAAGAAUAUCAAUAAAGAUUCAAUCCUUUCAUUGACAGCUUUGAAACAACUCAAAUUACGUAUUCUGGAUAAAAAGGAACUUAAACAAUAUCUCAAAUCUAAACAUUCUAUUUCCCAAGAGUUUAUGUCAUCAAUGAUAUUAAAUCCUUCUACUUCAGAUGAGAUAGAAUUGGAUAGUACAUUACUUUUGAAGAUUAUAAAACUGAAUCAUUCAUUACUGCAACAACUUACAGAAGUUAGUGAUGAAUUAGAAAGUCUUACCACUAAAUUAAAUAAUCAUAACAUGGCAUGUAUGGUUUUGGGAUAUGUUGAGGAUAUAAAAAUAACGUCAUUGUCCAUGACAAACUUACUGCAAUAUCAAAAUAAUUUCCAUCCUACUUCCACUGCAGCAUCACCACUCAAAGAUCACACAAAUAAUACUAUACUUCCACCAUCUACUAGUGGGGCAAUUUCUCCCUCUAGAUCUGUGUUCAACAACAUGCAACAACAUAAUAAGGCAUUUGAUACCCUUUUUGCCCACAUUGCCUCUAUUGCAGCUCUGAGAAACAUUGUUUUGCCAAGCCCACCAAUGGAUGAUGAUCUUGCUUCAAGAACAACUUGGGCUCUGGGUUGUAUAGAUGCUAUUUUGGCUUCUUCUCCAGCUGCUAAUCCAAUGACUAAAUCAACUCCAGAAACUCCAAAUGAAAAAACUUUGCUGACACCAAUCACUGAAUACUAUCUUCAUGAAUCUUCACUUGCAUCCACCUCGUCUCCUGUACGAAGUAGUGGUAAUGGGAAUGAUAAGCAACUUCUUUUAGAUUAUAAGACUGCGUUGAAUGAUUUACGAUUCUCUCAUCAAUACCUUACUAAAGAAUUUGAAUAUUCUCGUCAACAAUCAUUCAAAAUUAUUCAAGAAUUUAGAAAAAAGAAUGCAAUUCUUGAAAAGGAAAUAAAUAGAGUUAAAGAAAAUCAAACUAGUACUGAUAGUUCAACCUUUUCCAAUCCUGAAUUGCUUGCGACUAAGGAAAGAGAAAUAUCCAAACUUAGAAAGGAGUUAAAUGCAUUGAAAAUUGAUCAAAUGGGAAUGAAACUGACUUCAACAAUGUCACCUCCAUUCAAUUCAAGUACUCUAUCACUUUCUCCACGCCAUGAGCAAUAUGAUCUGGAUGAUGAUGUACGCCUGCAAUCAAGUCGAAUGUCUCCAAGACCAUCAUCAUCAGGAACUAGUAACGGUAUCCUUCGAAAAGAAUUUAAAAAAAUCGUUGGCAACAUUCAAGAUCAAUACGAAGUAGAGCUUGAAGAAGAAAGAUUACGAAGACGUAAACUUGAAGAACAACUUAAACAGUUGCAAGUAAACUAGAUGAUAGAUAAAUAAGAUGCCUUUGUGCUAUAUGUAAAUUAUGAUGACCGAAAUAGAC